CAAUCGAUAAAAUUUUCUAAUUUAUAUAUAUAUCAAAUUAAAAAUUUAUUGUUAAUUGUAAUACAUUGUUCCUCACUUUUUCACUUUGCGUCCACUUUCGAUUGAUAAUAUAUUCACUCGAUAAAAGUGCAAUAAGUUUGUCAUGGUCCAAUUAAUAACAAUGAGUAAUUAGAUAAGACUAAAAGUGUGAGACAUGCGGCAGAAUAUGCGAAAGAGACAAACACAUACUGACAUCUCGACCUCAUUAAAACGAUACAUCGAUACACAUAACGGAUAACUGUUUCCGUGAACGAGCAUGUUGCGUAGUUUAAUCAAGAGGAUGAAAACUGCUGACCUCUGCGAUGUUCUUAUCGCGAGGUUGUCCACUCUCUGACCGAAAAUCAGCAACCAUUAGUAAAUCCGCGAUCGUUCAUACAACAUGCAGAAGUCGUUGAUCUGCUUGGUCAUUUUUACGUGCCUGGGCGUUAGCACCUGGGCAAUUGAUGGUGUAAAGGGUGGACAUCGGCCACGUUAUCCUACGAGUGGAAAUCAGAUUGGUAACAAUUCAACAAGUGGUCUUUGCUACAUAACAGUGCCAUACAGCCAUGUCUUGGCUUUGAACUCUAGCGGGUCGCCGUACAAUACUAUUCCCCAACCACCUGAAGGCAGUCAACCCAGUAACAGCGGCUUUAUCACCAUCUUGGACUGCUGCGAUGGCUACAAGCGCAACGUGACGACCCGCAAUUGCGAGCCGCACUGCGAUCGCGGCUGUUUCGGCGGGCACUGCACCGGACCGAAUAUCUGCAGCUGCGAACAAGGAUGGCGCGCCGAAGAGGGCGUUUGCAUGCCCGUCUGCACAUACCGGUGUCAGGAGAACGCCUAUUGCUUCUCUCCCGAAGUAUGCGUGUGUCAACUAGGCUACGACGAGAUCAACGGCGAGUGCAAACCGAUCUGCCCCGACGGAUGCAGGAACGGUGAAUGCGUGGCACCGCGCGUCUGCAGAUGCAGGCCGGGAUUUGUUCUGAAUGAUCGCAAGGAGUGCGUGCCAGCGUGCGAAGGCGGCUGCGCUCACGGCGUGUGCACCGCACCGGGUGUAUGCACCUGUCACGAGGGAUACGCCAAUCUCCCCAACGACCGCGAGUCCUGCGUUCCUCAUUGCCCAGGCGGUUGCGUCGGUGGCAAUUGCGUCGCCCCCGGUCAAUGCAACUGCUUACAAGGCUACAGUCCCGACUCGCAGGGUAGAUGCAAUCCGGUAUGCACGCGAGGUUGCAACGGCGGCGAGUGCGUCGCACCGAACGUUUGCAGGUGCAGGCAGGGCUAUAAGAUCGACGACGGCGGCAAUUGCGUACCGGACUGCCCGCAGGGUUGCAUCAACGGCGACUGCGUCUCACCCGGCCAAUGUAUCUGCAGCCCAGGCUACAAACACGACCAGCACAGUAGACGUUGCCUACCGAACGAGUUCAGUACGAGCGAGUCACAGUGCGAUCAUGGAUACGAAAUCGAUCACGCCACCGGCAGAUGCGUCCCCGCGAUGUCGCCGAACCCAUCGCAACCCGGCGAUUGCAGGCACGAUUGCGGUACACACGGUGUUUGCAUCGGCAACCGUUGCUCUUGCCUACCAGGGUACAGAAACGACCCCGAUACCGGUAGAUGCAUACCCAUGACGUCCUCGACCUCGACCUCACACUGCAGGCACGAUUGCGGCCCGAACGGCCGGUGCGUUGCACCAAACGUAUGCGCCUGCAACCCGGGUUUCUACAACGAUAUCAAUACCGGAAGAUGCGUCUCUUACGACGGACAAGGUACGGAUAUUUUAUGCCAAUAUCCAUGUCUGAACGGCCAAUGCACCGGACCGAAUCAAUGCACCUGCAAUCGCGGGUACAUGCUCGAUGUUAGAGACCCCACGCGCUCUAGGUGCCUGCCGGUAUGCGUCGGCGGGUGCGCGAAUGGAGUGUGCACUAUGCCGAAUUUUUGCCUCUGCAAUCCCGGAUAUCGAAAGGAGUCCGGAGUCAAGGGCCGUCAGAGGUGCGUCCCGCAAGAACAUGGUCAUAACGAAAAAGGAAAUAGACAUCAGUCUAGUUCACAGAGCGAUGCAUGUUGGAACUACUGCAUUGAUCGCUCAUUUAGAUAUCGUUGCCUCAUUAAAAUAUAUUUUAUAUAUUUAGUAAUUAUGAAGUUUUCAUACAUUAUAUGUGUUUUCUGCAUUCUACAAAUCGUACAUACUAAUCAAAACUUAAUCAGAACCAAGCUAAAGAGUAAAAUGUGUGAAAAAAUUAUAAGUUCUCGACUUAGCCAUAAGGUCCCGAUUCCGGAAAUGUUUAGAGAGCAUAUAGGGUUUGGUCCAUUUUAUAAGAACGAAAUGCGAUGGAACUUUAAAAACGAGUUUGAUACGUCGAUCCGCACUGAAAAGGUAUGUUGCCUCGGUUAUAGAGAGGUAAAUGAUUCUAUGUGCGAGCCAAUAUGCGAACCUCCUUGCGGUCCACACGGUAUAUGUAUAAGACCGCACAUAUGCGAAUGCGACCCUGGAUACAGUUUAAUAUACUUAUCGCCACUCUACGAUUUUGCGCUCAAUGCCUGCGUCCCUGAGUGCACUCACACUUGUUUGCACGGUAACUGCACUGCGCCUAAUGUUUGCAAGUGCAACCAUGGAUAUUCGUUGAACCAUGACGGUUUCACCUGCGACCCCGUCUGCAACUUAAAAUGCGGGACAGGAUCGUAUUGUGCUGAACCUGAUCAGUGUGACUGUCUGCCAGGAUACAUCGAUGUGGACGAUGACAACAGUGUAACUAAGCACUGCAAAUCUAUAUGUAGUCUGAAUUGUAUGAACGGCGAUUGCAAUGUCGAUAACAUCUGUGUUUGCCACGAUGGUUACGAGUCUGAUCCGGACAACUUAUUCGUCUGCAAACCCAAAUGCGACAAAGGUUGUAACUUUGGCACAUGCACUGCACCCAACGUGUGUACUUGCGAAACAGGCUACUCGUUAAAUUGGGGUGUUUGCGAGCCAAUCUGUAGUAAACCUUGCGUCUUGGGUAUUUGCGAAGCUCCUGAACAGUGCAAUUGUCUUAACGGUUAUGGAUUACUCGGAAACUCGAGUUAUAUCUGCGAGCCGAUAUGCUCUUCUCCUUGUGUCAAUGGAAGAUGCAUCAGACCAGACACCUGUACAUGCAACGAAGGAUACCAAUUGAAGCCCCAUAGCUUAUCUGAGUGCAAAGUUAUUUGCGAUAUUCCCUGCGAACCUUACGGCUCGUGUCUAAAACCAAAUGAAUGCACUUGUUCGAAAGGAUAUCGACCGACUAAUCAGACUAGAGGAAUCAUUAAAACUGCAUGCGAGCCGAUAUGUGUCCCGAAUUGCAUCAAUGGGGAAUGCGAUGAUUCCGGAAACUGCCACUGCCAUAAAGGCUAUGUACUUUCCGAAUCCGAAAAGAAUUACUGCGAACCUGUUUGCAAAUCAAGUUGCAAAAACGGUAACUGCGCUUACCCCGGCGAGUGCAUCUGUACCCACGGUUACCAUCUAUCAGGGUCCCCCGGCAGUAAAAAUCAAGAAUGCAUACCUAACUGCCAUGAUUGUGAUAACGGUACAUGCAAAAUGCCAUAUCAGUGCGAGUGUUUCGAGGGUUACAAGAAGAAAUGGCACGGCGGAUGUAAGCCCGUUUGCACGAUGUGCAGCAACGGCAUCUGCGUCGCACCUGAAGUAUGCGAGUGCAACGAGGGAUUCGUCCUGGAACAAUCAAACGUCGGAAUUCAGAGAUCGCGGUCUAUCCCUGAGGGUAGGUCGCGAAACAUAAGUAGAUGUAUACCGAGUUGCAAAAAUUGCGACAACGGUGAAUGCGUGGCGCCGAACCAGUGUCAGUGCCAUCCUGGUUACCUGAAGAUCGAAGAUACCUGCGUGUACGCAUGCGAGAGUUCGUGUGCCAAACAUGGCAAGUGCAUCACCGAGAAGAGAACCUGCGAAUGCAAUCACGGGUGGAUUGGCGACGGGGUGCAUUGCGAACCCGCCAUGUGUGUUUUAAUCUUAGACAACGACGAAAGUCGCACCGAGACAUUGAGGAUCGAGAAACAAGAUGCCAAAAUUGAGUAUAUUCUCAUGAAUAAUCCAACGUAUUGUCCGGAAUGCGUUAGUAAAUUGAAAAAUACGACUUUAUGUUUUAAGAUGAACAUCAACGAUACAAAGAAUGCAACACAAAUAGGGUGUUUAAUGGAUGAAGACUGUCUUCAGUUGAAGAGCCAAUAUAUAGCCCAAAAAAAAGUUAUGAAAAUAGGUGGUAUCAUAGUAGGACUCGGAUUUUUAAUUACAAUGGGGGUUGUGGUAAUAUAUAUUCUGCUACGAAAAUAUCCAAAUAAGCUACAUAAUCUAGGUGUAGCCUAUAAUGGUAUGAAUAAGCUAGAAAUCAUGAGGAUACUCAAAAGUUUAGUCGCUAUUCUGACUACCAGAGUAUUAUUAUUGGAAUUUGGAAAGUGGUCACAUAGUGAAGUUUGUGCUCUGGAAGAACCGCGUGAAAGAUAUGAGGGUUUUCAUUCAGGAAUAUGUUAUGGGAUAGUCAGUAAACAGGUAUCACAAUAUGUUCCUUAUCUGGAAACAUAUAGAACUUCAAUAUGGAACUUUCAUCGGAUCAAAACUCGUCAGAAUUACAGAAUAGAGUAUCAUACCAUACAUACUGUAGUACGUGAGUGCUGUAAGGGCUAUCAGGAAAUCGGUAAUGACUGCAAGCCGCGUUGUACAACACCAUGCGAGAAGGGAUUAUGCGCAGCCCCGGACUUCUGCAUCUGCGAUGCGGGAUACCAGAAGACAGACGGCAUUAACAGUACAAAGUGCCACCCGGUGUGCGCGAACGGUUGUAUUAACGGCACGUGCAUCGAACCUGAUAUUUGCAAGUGCAACGAGGAUUAUUGGAUGAGCGCGGACGGGAUCACCUGUCUCCCGAUCUGCGACAAAAAGUGCGAGAGAAGUCACGGAUUCUGCUCGGAACCACGUGUUUGCUCUUGUCAUCUAGGUUACAGAAAAACCGGCGACAACGAGUGCGAGCCUAUCUGCGAACGCGCGUGUACGAACGGUCACUGCGUAGCGCCUGACAUCUGCAAGUGCGCGGACGGUUACGAGGCGGACAAGUUCGAUCCUAACUUCACCUGCUCGCCGAAGUGCAGCAAGAAUUGUGUUUUCGGCACGUGCACGAUGCCGGAGACUUGCACCUGCAACCGUGGUUACAAGGCGGUGAACGCCACCGUCUGCGAGCCGAUCUGCACGGAGCCCUGCAGGAUGGGAGUCUGCGUGGCUCCUGAGAGUUGCAGUUGCAACGACGGUUACGGGCUUCUCGCCGACUCCAAAUACACCUGCGAGCCGAUCUGCGAAUUCGAUUGCACUAACGGUGUGUGUAUCGCGCCCGAAAUAUGCACCUGCAACAAAGGCUUCUUUUACGACAACAGUACAGACACAAAGUGCAAACCACAUUGUGAGAUCCCCUGCGGACUGAAUGGAAAGUGUGUAUCGCCCAAUAACUGCACCUGUUUCGAGGGAUACCACGCGAUCCCUUUAAAUGCCAGUAUAUACGACAAUUCUACGGAAAGCUCUCGCUCCAUCUGCCAACCACUUUGCGAUUACGAAUGCGUCAAUGGCAAAUGCAGUGCACCAAACGUAUGCACUUGCAUCGUAGGAUAUUAUCCAUCUUGGGCCGUGUCUCAUCAAGAAUCUCUCUCACUCAACGACAGCACGUCGCGCAUUUGUGAACCAAUCUGUUACCCUUCCUGCGGGAGUAACGGGAUAUGCAUCGCACCCGACGUUUGUACUUGCAAGGACGGUUACGAGAAGGGUAACAACGGUAACUGUGUGCCCUUUUGCGCUCAAGGCUGCACUAACGGCACAUGCACAGAGCCGAAUCUUUGCACGUGCAACAGCGGCUUCGAGUCGCGAAACGGGAGCGCCUGCGAGCCGGUCUGCGAGCGCGGCUGCGAGAACGGCGACUGCGUCGCGCCGAAUCAUUGCGUCUGCCACGACAACUUCGUGGAAAAUACUGGUUACAAUUUCGUGGCGGAAUGCAUCCCCGAGUGCACCCGUAAUUGCAGCGAACACGGCAUGUGCGUCAUCGAAGAUGAGUACUAUUGCCAGUGCUAUUUCGGAUGGAAGGGACAGGACUGCGAAGAACCGACCGUGUGCGUCGUAACGAUGAAUUUUAAUCACAGCGAUAUCAGCAGGAUCACGAUUAGCAACGAUACGAGUAGCGCAACUAGACAAGCACUCGCAGACGCACCGUAUUGUCAUCAGUGCGAUAGUUCUCUUAGUAACAAAUCGCUCUGCUACGUGGUAUACUCUGAUGAAGCUAACGCUACCAUUCCUACUGUCAGUUGUUUACUUAACACAGACUUGCCUUGUUACACGAUGCCUCAUUACAACGCUUCGUCUGAAGUUGCCAAGAUAGCUUGGCCCGUCGCCUCUAUUGCCGCAUUAAUCGCGAUAGGUCUGAUGGCGACAGUGUAUUUACUAUAUCGCAAGCACCAAAAGAAUAAGUUGAUUACAGGUAACUCGACGGAUUAUUUAGCGCAAGAUUCUUCUGCCACCGAGUCGUUAACCUGCGAAAAUGCUAUCUUCUUAUGAAGAACAUCAACAUAAUCAUCAUAGUCAUUGCGAUCUAGUAACAAAUUAGAUUACGCCUUAUUGCUUACACUUUCUAAAGAACCAAUAGUAUUUAAUCAACAGCUAGUAUUACCAACAACAUCGUCACGUAGUUCUCCGAUAGAGUUGGUUAUUUUCCCAAACAAACAUGUAGCAAGAUAUUUUUAACAACAAUAAUAAAGUGAAGCGUCAUCAC